AUGUCGUCUCGAUCAAGCAUAUCCCACUAUAAUCACCCCGGGGAAAAGACAGAUAUGGCCGACUCAGCUCAAAGCGAAACCGACCUGGACCGAUCCAAGUCCGAAGAUGUGACGUUUGCUCCAAUCGCCACACCGGCUUUCCACGGUGGCGCGCCACUUCAAACACAGCGCUCUAAUGGGUCGAAAUCUAUGAGAUCAAUUGAACGCAGCUGGUCAUUAAAUGAUGGAACUAGUAUUGUGGGUGAAGCUGAAGCUGGCGAGGAGGGUGCCCAGUACACGGUUGGCUGGGAGGAUAACGAUCCACUGAACCCGCGCAAUAUGAGUAAGGGCCGCCGGUGGUUGAUUGUGAUCAUCGUUUCGCUGGGCUCGCUUUGCGUGACAUGUACUUCGUCGAUGUAUACAACGACAUACAGUCAAUUGAUGAGGGAGUUUGGUUGCUCGCAAGAGGUUGCGACACUUGGACUGUCAUUCUUUAUUUGGGGACUCGGAGUCGGUCCGCUCUUUUUGAGUCCCCUAUCCGAGUUUUAUGGCCGGAGAAACAUCUACAUCGUUUCGUUCUCAUUAUUCCUAGUGUGGCUUGUCCCAUGUGCAGUGGCUAAAAACACCGAGACCAUGCUCAUCGCUCGGUUCUUCAAUGGUCUAUCCGGCAGUGCGUUUCUAAGUGUUGCUGGUGGUACGGUUGGCGAUAUGUUCGAUCGUCACGAGCUUGCCUUUCCCAUGAUGCUCUAUACUGCGAGCCCAUUCGUGGGUCCCGAAGUUGGUCCUCUGGUUGGUGGUUUCAUCAAUGCUCACACCAACUGGCGCUGGGUGUUUUACGUGCUCCUGAUUUGGACUGGCGUACUGCUCAUCUCGAUGAUAUUCCUCGUCCCCGAGACAUAUCACCCCGUGCUUUUGAGGCGCAAAGCGCAAAAGCUCCGUCAGGAAACCGGAGACGACCGAUGGAAAGCCCCGAUUGAGAAACUCGACCGCUCAGUGGCUCAAACUGUCCUGCGCUCAAUGUAUCGCCCUGUCCUUCUUUUGACGUUGGAGCCUAUGUGCCUGUGUCUCUGCAUAUUCUCGGCUAUUCUGUUGGGUAUCCUAUACCUUUUCUUCGGCGCUUUCCAGCUCGUCUUCUCCGAAGUGUACGGACUGGUAAUCUGGCAACGUGGUCUAUGUUUCCUUGGCCUUUUUGUGGGUAUGGUUAUUGCGAUCUUGUCAGAUCCGGUUUGGCGCUGGAACUAUAUCCGCUUGGAGCGCAACCAUGAGAAGGCUACGAACAAAGUCGAUGAUUUCCAGCCAGAAUGGCGACUUCCGUCGGCUAUAUUAGGUGGGCCCUUGGUCACUAUUGGCCUGUUCAUUUUUGCCUGGACGAUCUACCCUGAUGUCCACUGGAUCGCGCCUAUCAUUGGCAGUGCAGUUUUUGGUGCAGGGACAAUCCUAGUAUACUCUGGUAUCUUCACGUUCUUGGUCGAUGCGUACCCAACGUUUGCCGCCAGUGCGCUGGCGGCCAAUAGUUUCACUCGGUCCUCCUUUGGCGGUAUCUUCCCACUGUUCGGUAUCCAGAUGUAUAACAACCUCGGCUUUCACUGGGCAACUUCCUUGCUCGCGUUUCUGACCCUUGUCAUGACCCCUUUCCCAUACCUGUUUUACCGAUACGGAAGCCAAAUCCGAAAGAAGAGUCGAUUUGCAACUUCUCAGAUGUGA